AUGACAACUCCCGCAAUUAAGCUUAACAGCGGAUACGAUAUGCCCAUUGUGGGCUUCGGUCUCUGGAAGGUGAACAAUGACACCUGCGCAGACCAAGUCUACGAGGCCAUCAAAGCCGGAUACCGUCUAUUCGACGGUGCCUGCGACUACGGCAACGAAGUCGAAGCCGGACAGGGCGUUGCACGCGCCAUAAAAGAAGGCCUCGUAAAGCGCGAGGAGCUCUUCAUUGUCUCUAAGCUCUGGAACAGCUUCCACGACGGUGACCGCGUCGAGCCUAUCUGCCGCAAGCAGCUCGCUGACUGGGCUGUCGACUACUUCGAUCUUUACAUUGUUCACUUCCCCAUCUCGCUGAAAUACGUCGACCCCUCGGUCCGGUACCCUCCAGGCUGGGACUCCGAGAACGGCAAGGUCGAGCUCGGCAAUGCCACUAUCCAGGAGACUUGGACGGCGAUGGAGUCGCUCGUCGACAAGAAGCUUGCCCGCAGUAUCGGGAUUAGCAACUUCAGUGCGCAGCUGCUCCUUGACCUGCUGCGCUAUGCACGCGUGCGUCCUGCAACGCUGCAGAUUGAGCACCACCCGUACCUGACUCAGACGCGGUUAGUGGACUUUGCGAAGCGGGAGGGGAUUGCGGUCACGGCGUACUCAUCUUUCGGGCCGUUGAGUUUCCUGGAGUUGGAGGUUAAGCAUGCGGAGAAGACGCCGCCGCUAUUUGAGCAUGACGUUAUCAAGGGCCUCGCGAAGAAGUAUAGCAAGACCCCGGCGCAGAUCCUUCUGCGUUGGUCGACGCAGCGUGGUGUCGCUGUUAUUCCGAAGAGCAACAACCCUACUCGCCUGGCGCAGAACCUUGAUGUUGUUGGCUUUGACCUUGAGCCUUCGGAGCUAGAGGCUGUUAGCUCUUUGGAUAAGGGUUUGCGCUUCAACGAUCCUCACAGCUACGAUUUGCCGGUUACUAUCUUCUAA